AUGGGGGGCCUCGGAACUCCCCUGAAACGUCACCUUCUCAGCAGACCCCCAGGAGUCGACCCGUCAGGACGCCAGAGCUACCUCAGCGGUGACCACCCCCUACCCCAAACACAUUCUUCCCUUCACAAACCGCCCAUGGCGGACCAAGGCUCGGGGGGCAGCCGCCUCCCCCUGGCGCUGCCCUCAGCCUCCCAGGGCUGCUCAUCGGGGGGCGGCGGCUCCUCGGCGGGGAACUCGGGCCAUCCUCCGCCCCCGCGAAACCUCCAAGGCCUGCUGCAGAUGGCUAUCAUGGCGGGCUCUGAGGAGCCAGACCCCCCUCCAGAACCCAUGAGUGAGGAGAGGCGUCAGUGGCUGCAGGAGGCUAUGUCAGCCGCCUUCCGGGGCCAGCGGGAGGAAGUCGAGCAGAUGAAGAGCUGCCUUCGAGUGCUGUCCCAGCCUACACCCUCCUUGGCUGCUGAGGCUGAGCUGGCCUCUGACCAGCAGGAACGAGAGGGGGCCCUGGAGCUGCUGGCCGACCUGUGUGAAAACAUGGACAACGCUGCAGACUUCUGCCAGCUGUCGGGCAUGCAUCUGCUGGUGGGCCGGUACCUGGAGGCGGGGCCCGCGGGGCUGCGGUGGCGGGCGGCGCAGCUCAUCGGCACGUGCAGCCAGAACGUGGCGGCCAUCCAGGAGCAGGUGCUAGGCCUGGGCGCCCUGCGCAAGUUGCUGCGGCUGCUUGACCGGGACGCCUGCGACCUGGUGCGUGUGAAGGCCCUCUUCGCCAUCUCCUGCCUGGUCCGGGAGCAGGAGGCUGGGCUGCUGCAGUUCCUUCGCCUGGAUGGCUUCUCCGUCUUGAUGCGGGCCAUGCAGCAGCAGGUGCAAAAGCUCAAGGUCAAGUCGGCGUUCCUGCUGCAGAACCUGCUGGUGGGCCACCCCGAACACAAAGGGACCCUGUGCUCCAUGGGGAUGGUCCAGCAGCUGGUGGCCCUGAUCCGGACAGAACACAGCCCCUUCCAUGAGCAUGUGCUUGGAGCCCUGUGCAGCCUGGUGACAGACUUCCCCCAGGGCGUGCGGGAGUGCCGGGAGCCCGAGCUGGGCCUGGAGGAGCUCCUCCGUCACCGUUGCCGGCUGCUGCAGCAGCACGAGGAAUACCAGGAGGAGCUGGAGUUCUGCGAAAAGCUGCUGCAGACCUGUUUCUCCAGCCCAACGGAUGACAGCAUGGAUCGGUGAGCCCAGCGGCUUAUCACCCCUCUCCGUGGGAAGCUCAGGCAUCCUGCCUCCCCGGGGGAGCAGGGCCUUGUGGGUGCGCGGCCAGGGCAUGCCAGCCCGUCUCUGCUCAGCCCUUGGAAGGGGCGCGGGGGAAGGUGCCGGCUCCCUGGAUCCCGGCCCUCCCUGUGUUCUCCCUUCUGUGUCCACACUGUUCUUCUAAUAAAGGUGUUUCUCCUCCUCCA